UUAGCACAUUUUUUGGCUGUCGGCUUGCACAACAAUUUUCAGGUGUUAACCGAAAUAAGUAAAUUCGCUCAACUCUAACAAAAAUGAGGCUAACAGACGUGCUUUUCAAGAAAGUCAAGAGCAAGCGCAUCAUGGUGCUGAUGGAGAGCGUGGUCAGCGGGCAUCAGUUCAAUCUCUUCCGUGAGCGGCUCGCAGACAAAAUAGAGCUGAUUCGCUUCGAUCCGUACAUACAAAAGGAGAGCUUAUAUCGCGAGCGCAAGAGAAUUCGCAGCGCCUAAAUGAUGCUGCUCCUCCAAAGGCUUCUCUAGUUUUCCAUUCUUUUCAUUGAUAUAUAGAUGUAUAUAUGUAUGUAGUCAGUAUGUCAUA